AUGAGCCCCCUGCCCGCGGGCAACGGCAGCGCCUGGGGGACGGCGGCGCUGGGCAGCGGCGGCAACUGCAGCGGGGCCGCCAGCCUGAGCCGGCAGUGGGUGCUGGGGGCUGCCCUGAGCCUCACCGUGCUCGUCAUCGUGGCCGGUAACUUGCUGGUGAUUGUGGCCAUCGCCAAGACGCCGCGGCUGCAGACCAUGACCAACGUGUUCGUCACGUCGCUGGCUUGCGCCGACCUCAUCAUGGGCUUGCUGGUGGUGCCACCGGGGGCCACCAUCCUGCUGAGCGGGCACUGGCCCUACGGCACGGUGGUGUGUGAGCUGUGGACCUCGCUGGACGUGCUGUGUGUCACGGCCAGCAUCGAGACGCUGUGCGCCAUCGCCGUGGAUCGCUACCUCGCCAUCAUGUCCCCGCUGCAGUACGAGGCGCUGGUGACCAAAGGCAGGGCAUGGGCUGUGGUGUGCCUGGUGUGGGCCAUCUCUGCCUUCAUCUCCUUCCUGCCCAUCAUGAACCACUGGUGGCGGGACGGGGCGGACGAGCAGGCGAUGCGCUGCUACGAUGACCCGCGCUGCUGUGACUUUGUCACCAACAUGACCUACGCCAUCAUCUCCUCCACCAUCUCCUUCUACGUGCCCCUGCUCGUCAUGAUCUUUGUCUAUGUCCGCGUCUUCGCCGUGGCUACGCGCCACAUCCAGCUCAUUGGCAAGGACAAGGUGAGGUUCCUGCAGGAGCCCCCCAACCCCAAAUCCAGGAGCAGCCGGCGCAGGCGUCCCUCCCGUCUGCUGGCCAUCAAGGAGCACAAGGCGCUCAAGACCCUGGGCAUCAUCAUGGGCACCUUCACGCUGUGCUGGCUGCCCUUCUUCGUGGCCAACAUCAUCAAGGUGUUCUGCCGGCCAAUGGUGCCCGAUCAGCUCUUCCUCUUCCUCAACUGGCUGGGCUACAUCAACUCGGGCUUCAACCCCAUCAUCUACUGCCGCAGCCCUGACUUCAGGAGCGCCUUCCGCAAGCUGCUGUGCUGCCCGCGCCGCGCCGACCGCCGGCUCCACGCCGUGUCCCAGGACCUGCAGCGCUGCCCCUGUGCCUUCAGCCCCCGGGGGGGCCCUUUGGGGGUCAGCAAAGCGGCAGCCCCCGGGGAGGAUGGCAGCGGGACGGAGGAGACCAGCCUGUCCCAGGGCAGUGGCCAUCGGCUGCAGGGCGCCCAGACCACGCUGUGCUCACAGCUUGAUGAGUAG